AUGGCUAGCACACUAAGUCCCAGCACCGCGCCUCGGACCGAGGAGCCUCCUGAGGUGUCAGAGCGCAUUCAGAAUGCGGCUGACAUCUCAGUCAUCGUCAUCUACUUCCUAGUGGUGCUGGCUGUGGGGCUGUGGUCAAUGGUGAGAAGCAACAGAGGCACCAUUGGAGGCUUCUUCCUGGCUGGUCGGGACGUGUCCUGGUGGCCGAUGGGCGCCUCUCUCUUUGCCAGUAACAUCGGCAGCAACCACUUCGUGGGCUUGGCUGGGACGGGAGCUGCCUCAGGAAUUGCUAUUGCAGCGGUGGAAUGGAAUGCCCUGCUUAUGGUGCUGGUUCUUGGGUGGGUGUUUGUCCCCAUCUACAUCAAGGCAGGGGUGACGACCAUGCCAGAGUACCUCAGGAAGCGCUUCGGUGGGAAGAGACUGCAAAUCUACCUUUCUGUCCUCUCCCUCUUCAUCAUGGUGGCUAUUCAGACUUCCUCAACCAUAUUUUCCGGAGCCAUAUUUAUUCAGUUGGCCUUGGGAUUGAACCUGUACCUGGCCGUCUUCAUCCUCUUGGCUAUCACUGCUUUUUACACGGUGGCCGGGGGCUUGGCCUCAGUGAUCUACACAGACUCUGUGCAGACUUUCAUCAUGCUGGUUGGCUCCUUAAUUCUCAUGGGGUUCGCAUUUGCUGAAGUCGGAGGCUACGAGAGCUUUACAGAGAAGUACAUGAAUGCCAUCCCCUCUGUGGUGGAGGGGGAUAACCUGACCAUCAGCCCCAAGUGCUACACCCCUCAGCCCGACUCCUUCCACAUCUUCCGAGAUCCUAUCAAUGGAGACAUCCCGUGGCCUGGACUGAUAUUUGGAAUGACCAUUUUAGCUAUCUGGUACUGGUGUGCAGACCAGGUCAUGGUACAGCGCUGCUUAUGUGGCAAGAACAUGUCCCACGUGAAGGCUGCCUGCAUCAUGUGUGGCUACCUGAAGCUGCUGCCUAUGUUCCUCAUGGUGAUGCCGGGGAUGAUCAGCCGUAUUCUGUACACAGAUAAGGUGGCCUGUGUCGUACCUUCUGAGUGCGUGAAACAGUGUGGCACGGCCGUCGGCUGCACUAACUAUGCCUACCCCACCCUGGUGCUGGAGCUGAUGCCUGAUGGACUGCGAGGCCUGAUGCUGUCGGUCAUGUUGGCUUCUCUCAUGAGCUCCCUGACCUCCAUCUUCAACAGCGCCAGCACCCUCUUCACCAUGGACCUCUACACCAAGAUAAGGAAGAAGGCAUCGGAGAGAGAGCUCAUGGUAGCCGGACGGGUAUUUGGCAUCGUCCUAAUCGUCAUCAGCAUCCUGUGGGUCCCGCUGAUACAGGCGUCACAGAACGGACAGCUCUUCCACUACAUCUCCUCGUUUUCUAGUUACAUCGGGCCUCCUGUUGGCGCUGUGUUCUUGCUUGCCAUCUUCUGCAAGAGGGUCAAUGAACAGGGAGCCUUCUGGGGGCUAAUGGUCGGACUCGUGAUAGGCCUUAUUCGUAUGAUCACUGAGUUUAUAUACGGAACGGGCAGCUGCCUGGAGCCCAGUAACUGUCCCAGGAUAAUCUGUGGAGUUCACUAUAUGUAUUUCGCCAUUAUUCUCUUCUUUGUGUCCAUAUUGGUAAUCCUGGGAGUCUCCUUCCUAACGGAGCCAAUUCCUGAUGUCCACCUAUACCGCCUGUGCUGGAGUCUUUGGAACAACACAGAGGAACGGAUUGACUUAGAUGCAGAACAGGAAACUCGUGAAGAAGUUGGUGGUGCUCUUGAAGAAGACGAUGCCGAGCAAUCCCGUGGAUGUCUUCGGAGGGCGUGCAGCUUAUUCUGCGGUUUGCAGAGUACGGGGCCCAAGCUGACCGAAGAAGAGGAGGCAGCUCUGAGGCAGAAAUUCUCAGACACCUCUGAGAAGCCCCUGUGGAGAAAUGUAGUGAACAUCAACGCCAUCCUCCUCCUGGCUGUGGCUGUCUUUGUCCACGCCUACUUUGCCUGAACCCUCAAUGAAGCAGAGAGUGCUUCUCUCGAGUUUCCCUUUAUAAAGUUGGUUGUGUGGCGAAGAUAAAUGGCCAACUGGAAAUGUUGUAUAAUUAGAUUUCUCGAUUUUGUCACGCCUCUGUGACUAGUUUAAGAACUCUUUUUUCUCCCCAGCUCUAUUUAGAUGUAAAUGGCAGUGUAUAUAUUUUUAAGAUGUACACCAUGGUGAUUUGAUGUGUACACACUUUGAAAUGACUGUUGUGAUCAGUUUCAUAGACUCAUCAUCUGAUUUGGUCAUCCUAUCGCUUCUCGGCCUUUUGGCUAAGAUCAAGUGUAGUAUCUGAUUUGGUCAUCCUUCGUGUGUUUAUGGCGGCAAUAUCCAAGAUGCGCCCACCUAGUAAAUUUCAGGUACACAGCAGAUAUUUUAAAGGGUAGUCUCCGUAAUUUACAUGGAUUCUCUUUUUUUAAUAUUAUUUAUUUAAUGUAUAUGAGUACACUGUAGCUGUCUUCAGACACAGCAGAAGAGGGCAUCAGAUCCCAUUACAGAUGGUUGUGAGCCACCAUGUGGUUGCUGGGAAUUGAACUCAGGACCUCUGGAGAGCAGUCAGUGCUCUUAACCGCUGAGCCAUCUCUCCAGCCCCAAAAUUCUUUUCUUUAAUCCAAAAUUGUAUGCCCUUUGAUCAACAUGUGUUUCAAAACGUACAAUGUAUGGAAGCUCAGUAUUCCUUAGAUACUAUGUGGCAUCCCAAUGAAUGAGCAUCAAGGGGCUGCAAAGCACAUAACGUUUCUCCUCAUCAAUUGUUUCUGUGGAGCAAGCUUCCUUUUGUAUCUAUAUUUCCAAGUAUUUGUGAUGCACUUGUAUGUUUGUCUUGUGUAUAUUCUGCCUCCCUGAAAAGGGACUAUAAAUAUGAUAGCA